UGAUCGAGAGAGUAAGGCACCUGAUCGAUCUGAUCACCCUCACGGACUUGAGAGUGACCGAGUUACGACCGGUAAUACUUUUCUUCAGUCGCCGACAUAGGAGGAAAAUGUCCCUACAUUGAGCCGGCACUUCUGUCUUCUUUUUCUCACUUUCUCUUGGUUCGGUUGCUAGAUGGACGAAUAUGGGUAUUCUCUCGAAGUCAAACUCACGGACGAGGAGUGGGAGCGAUACCUCGCACACAAACGUCGGUGGUGUCGGCUUCAGCCACUGAUUGAAACACGAGGCUACCGAAUAGCGAAGCAGUAUAACCCAGACAGAGUGUCGGCAUGGAAAGAGCGGCCGAAGGGGUAUGUGGAUGAACCCAACUAUCCUCAUCUGCUGGAGGGUGUACGCAUUUCUGACAAACGGCCUGUCAUGCUCAAGUUCACUCGCACUGAUCUUUGGGAGGCCCAAAUUUUUCAGGACCUCGCGUCCUUCCCGGACGCGGAUAAUCACACCAUUCCUUUAUACGACGUAAUCACGCCCCCACACGACCCAGACUCUCAAAUGCAGUGGUGUAUCGUCGUAACACCGCGGCUGACGGACUGUCGGGAAAGACAUUUCCGUACCCUCGAAGAUUUGGUGCAAUUCAUCACUCAGGUUAUCGAGGGCAGACAAAUCGGAGAGAUGCUCACGAGAGAUUAUACCCAAGUAUAUGCCGAGCUAGAAUUUCUGGAACCUUGGAUUGCCCGACUUCGAGAUGAUGAUCCCACAAAACGACCGACGGCACCUGAAACAUUGGCCUAUUUUCAAAAUCUCGUAGCGUCCUUACCGGAAGAGAAACUGAAAGCCCAGGUUUAUGGGCGCAACGAAUGGCCGAAUGGGCGUCGCUUCAUGACGUACGCCGUCAUCAUCUGGUUUCUUGCAAACGCUGUCUUUUUGUGGUGGAAUUGGAAACGACUCACUACUCCUAUCGUACUCAUUUCAGACGACCUUUCUGGAUGA